AUGCAAUACCCUGUCAUCAAGUCCUACUAUGACAAGCUCAAGAAGGGUUCUAUAGAAGCAGAUGUUGAUUCCCUGUGGAUCAACAUUUUGGGGCUCUUCUUCACAGUCCCAAGGAAUUAUGGCUUGGAGCAGGAAACGAGACCCUUGACUGGUAUCAAAAAACGAGCCGAUAUCAGUAUCAGAUACGUCAGGAACGGGAUGCUCAAGAAAGUCAUUCUCAUUGAGGACAAGCGUGUUGAAUUUGAGUCUCAGAGUUCCAAGUGGGCCGAAGCUGUCGAGCAGGCAACAUUUUAUCUGGCGCUUGUGCGCAAGGAACAAAAGAACGAAAAAACUCUCUACGCCAUUGCCACCGUUGGGCAUUAUUCGCGAUUCUACUUCAUGGAACCCGAGGACGAAAAAUUGAGAGACUAUCCUGGCACCAACGGAAGAUACUACGAAUUCAAGGACGACGAAGCCGAGAUCGAAGCCCUUCUGAACGAACUCGUUGCGAAGACCUCCUGA